UGAAAGAGGAACGCCAGAAUCUCUGUAAAACUUGUUUUUUCACCUGUGGAGACCGGGGGUCCCCGGUGUUCGGACGCCUCGACAAGCACCUGGAAAGAAACAAGGCUGCAGCGUUUUUGAGUCGCGAGAAACUAGCGAGGAGAGAAGAAGAAACCUGCGUCCUCGGGUAUCUGGCUUUGUGAAAACUGUCGCGAAUGGAACUUCUCCUUUUCUCGGCCUCUCACUGGACUCGACGCCUUCUCUUCUCCGCUGCUCUUUCCCCCUGUUCGUGAUGGUCUCUUCGCGGCGGCCCAAACGCAGGAUCUUCCCCCGCUGGUCGUUACGUCUUUCCAGUCUCUCGCCCUCCCAACCGGAACUCUGUCUUUCUCUCUCUGCUCUUCCAUCGGUCCUCUCGCCUCCGCUGGUCUUCUGCCGCCUUUCCAAAGCAAUCACAAUGGGUCUUCCCGCUGCCUCUUCACCUCACCUUUCGCGAGGACCUUGCCGGAUUCAUGUCCUGCGAACCUCCUCGCGGCUUUCUUCUUCUCUCUCUAGCUACCAUCGCGACCGAAGGAAACCCAAACAACCAUUCUUUCCUCCUUCUCAUGACUUUUCCACUUCUUCUGGGUCUUCCCCUUCUUCUUCUCCCUCUUCUUCUUCUCCCUCUUCUUCUUCUCCCUCUUCUUCUUCUCCCUCUUCUUCUUCUCCCUCUUCUUCUUCUCCCUCUUCUUCUUCUCCUUCUUCUCUGUUUUCUAGGAACAGUUUCAGUGUGGAACCGUUUAAGCGUCGCAGCUGUCCCUCUUCCUCCUGCAAGGUGUCUCCUUCGCAGCUGUUGCUUCUUCGUCACCUUCUUCGCCGUCCACCUCUCGUUCUCCCUGGCGCGGCCUGCUCUCGCGCGCCUUCUCUUCGACCUAACAGAGAAGAAAGUCCCCACAGUCCGGUGGCUGCGGCGACAUCCUAUGCCCUUUCUCUCGCCUCGUCUCUCCACCCAGAGGCGUCAGGAGGCGAAGAACCUCUGAGGAGCUCGGAGGACGCCGCGGGCGUCUCGCCGCUUGGUCGAGUCACCACCAAGAGACCUGUGUCUUCGUCGGCAUCGCGUGAGACUCUGAGCGUUUUUCUCGACGGAUCUUGGCAAUCGCUUCUUCCGCGAGAUGCCGUUUCUCGCGUCUCCCCUGCCUCUCCUUCCAUUACGCCUUCCAGUCAGCUGUGGCUGCUUUCUCUGCUCGCGCCGCCCUCCUGUGACAGCCGGGUGGCGAGGCUGCUGGAAGGCUGGCUGGCGCAUGCACUCGGAAAAAAGGAUGUAGCACCACAGAGUCUCUGCUCCGGUUCGCUCCUGGCCUCUCGCGACGCUUCGGACGAACGGGAGACUCUGUUCAACUCUCUUCUCCAAGGAGAAAGCGAGAGACUGCAACACAUACCUCUCGUUCUCCUCGCAGCGAGUUUCUAUAACCUGCAUCGCCUAGACUUGCUUCGGCGUUUAAUGACCGAGGAGCGUUUCCUUUCUUCGGCGGCUUCUGCGCUGCCCUCGCGUCUUCUUCCCUUCUUUGCGCGGCUCUACGUUCACACGUCGAGCGACGCGACUCAGCUCGGUCCAUAUGGUUCCUCUGCAUGCGCGACUUCUUCUUUUCGAGAGAAACUUGAACAUCACAUGUCGCGGAAAAAAGAAUACGAAGGCUACUUCAACGCGUUGGCUGCGACUCUGGCCCUCUCUGCUUCCUCACCCUCCCAGCCUCGUUUCUCUCCCGAUAGCAUCGCCGUGAGUCUGCAGGCCCUGGCGCUCUUCCACUACGCGCCGCUUGACUUCUCUUUCGCGCGGUCUUCGCCUUCGCCUUCGACAGCUGUCUCCGAGUCGCCAAGUCAGGCACUCGUUCGAGACCGAGACAGUUCAGACGCCGAGUCCGUCAACCGGCUUCUGAGGCAUCCCCUGUACGCGCAGCAGAUGCAUGUUUUCGACGCCUCGGAAUUGAACGAACUCUUCAUAAGCAGCUUCUGCCGGCUCCUCCUUCUGGACACCGGCGCCACAGACACACACGGCCGAGCGACAGGAGACGCGCGCGAGGCAGGAGACGCGAAAUCUGUACAACGCCGAGCUGCAUGGAAGACUCAAGAGGCGCGUUGUCUACCUGCGGCGGAGGCGGUGGAGGGACGAGGGAUUUGCGAAAGUCGGAGCGAGGCCGAGGACCCUGAAACGGGCGCAUUCGUCUUCGAGCGAAGAACCGAGAAGGAAGAAAAUAAAGUCGAACGAGAGAAGGAGGGAAAGGAGGGAAAGGAGGGAAAGGAAAGGGAGGGAGAGAAAGAAAACGCUCUGUCUCUUGUAGGGCUCGUGAGACUCACAGAUGUUUUGCUUCUCCGAGAUGGAUUCAUGAGAGAGCAGUUCGCUGUCUUACGAGAGAAGCAUCUGGCGUCGCUGGCGCCUGCGCCUGUGGGAGAAGGAGGAAAGACGAAGAGAAGAGGCGACCUCUGCGACGGUGACCAAGUUUUGGAUGACAUGCACAGCUUCUGGAGCGUCUACAUCGAGCAUCAGGAGGCUGUUCUUGAGUCACUCUGUCGCAGAUUUCUGAGGGUAGAAGCCGACGCGUGGAAGAACCUUUCUCCCCGAACGCUUCUCAAUCUCCUUCAUGCCCUCCUCCGCCUCCAUCAGAUCAGCCCCGACGCCUUAGGCGCCUCUGUGCGAAGGUCACGAGGUCAGGGUAUUCUCUCUUCGCUCUGCCCGCCGCCUCCUUCUGCUGCUCUUGCGUCGGCUGUUGAGUAUCACCCUGCGUAUGGUCGAGACGAAGAAGGACAGGGACUGGAGGAAGGCGAGGCUGCGCGUCUGGAGCGCUCCGAAGGGCAGGAAGGCCUCGCAUGCUCCGAGCGAUGGGGGGCCUCUCGCGAACAGGAGACAAGUGACCCUAAGCGGUGGCGAAAUGCGUUGUGGGCCGACUUGCUCCGAACGGCCAUCGACGCUGUCGGGGGACCUGGCGCCUCAGGUCCGAUUGCUGCAUAUGCUGCCUCGGCCUCUUCUCUCGCGGCCGCUUCUCUCGCACCCGCUUCUUCGCUCGUUUCUUCUUCUGCAGCUUCGAAUGCUGUCAGUGGGAAGAAGAGCGACCCUGCUGGACCGUCGCCUCCUCCCGUCUUUCUGCUGCUCGCGCAGCUCCUGGCCGAAAUUCGCCAACGCCCAGAGCUAGGAGCUGUCGAGGCUGCUCUCCUUCUCGACGCUGUCGCCUGUCUCUCCUCCCACCCUUUCACACGAUCUUUCUUCGUUGACACUAGAGGAUUCCCUCUCCAGCGUGCCUCUUCUCCUCAGUCUUCUUCUCCUCAGUCUUCUUCCCCUCAGUCUUCUUCCUCUCAGUCUUCUUCUCCUCAGUCUUCUUCCCCUCAGUCUUCUUCCCCUCAGUCUUCCUCUCCUCAGUCUUCUUCCCCUCAGUCUUCUUCCCCUCAGUCUUCUUCUCCCCAGUCUUCUUCAGCUUGUGUUCCCGUCGCGCGUCGGUCUGAAAGCGUCGAGCGUUUGGCUGAGAGCUUUUUUUCUCUCCGAGAGGUGGGUGCGGAAGUCGUUGUCUCCCCGCUGCCUCGCCGCCGCGAGCAAGAGGAGGAGGUUGAACGGCUCUUGAGGUCUCUGAGUCUCAAAAUCCUGCGGCUGCACCCUUCUCUCCCAGUUGGACACCAGCGCAGACAGGAGGGCAAAGUCGUCGCAGGCGACGCAGAAAGAAAUCGAACUGAACAAGAGGUUUCCAGCGAGAAAACGAGAGCUGCGUCUCACUUCCAGGAGAUAACCGCCCCGCCCUCCUCUUCACCUCAGUCUUCUCUCUCGUCUUCUCUCUCUUCUUCUGUCUCUUCUUCCCUCUCUUCUUCCCUGUCUUCUUCGCAGUCCUCAUCUGUGUCUUGGCGUUUUCCAGCAGUCGACGAUGUUCUGGUCUGUGAUGUUAUCCAAAGAGCUGUUUUUCGAGAUGUUCAUGGUCUGACCCUCCCGGCGGCCCUUCAUCUUCUUCAAGGCCUUCGCGACAUUCAUGCGUUCGACCAGUUUCCCCUCUUCGAGCUUCUUCUCGCCAAUGUCCUGAGAGAGGCGCACAGUCUGGAACCCCAACAAAUCCUCUUUAUCGCCGCCACACUUCACGGCCUCCGAUACUCUCUGGUUCGCUCUCUGUCAUCUUCUCUUUCUUCUUCGUCUUCUUCCUCCUCUUCGUCUCAAUCUUCAUAUCACUCUCCGCCUCUCUCUCGCUCUGUUGCUUCUUCUCUGUCGCGGAGGGAUUCGUCUUCGGACGCUCCGACGACACCGGCGGAGGAGGCUGAAGACAGAGGCGUCAACGGGGCUGUGGACGCCUCUGUCUCCAACCUCUUCUUCCGCAAACGCGCGCUCUUCGCCGCCGUCAAAGAGCGAAGGCGACAGCGACGGCGUCUGAAAACCGUGAGGCAGAUGGAGCAGCAAGUGCUCCAGUUGUUCGUCGACCGCCAGGCCGAGUUUCUGCAUGCGCCGAGAGAGUUCGCGGCUCUCUUCUACGUCUUCAGCAAAACGCGCCUGCUGACGCCUGCAUGCGUUCUGAAGCUGCAGGCCUCGUGCCUGUCUCAGUUGCCGCGCCUGGCGCCGCGCGACUUGACGCUCUUCUCGCUGGGUGUCUCCAUCGCGGCGUCGGCGCCCGGAGCUGUCGCUUUUCCCAGGGAGAUUCUCUCUGCACUUUUCUCCGCUGUGGCGGCUUCUCUCGCCGCCUUCUCGCCGAGGGAGCUCGCCGUCGCCUGCUGGUGCAUGCAUGCGCUCGGCUGCGCCGGGCCUGGAGCUCCGCCGGGAGAGCUGCGGCGGCUGGUCGACUCUUGUAUGCAAAAGCUCCACAGCCAAAUGCGGCUUUUCUCGCCGAAAGAGCUGCUCUUGAUCUCGCUCACGCUCGCGCGCGCAGAGCUGCAGAGACAGACGAUUCUCCUCGACCUCUUUCGGGCAAUUUACGCCUUUCUCCCGCUCUACGACCCCGACGAACUCGCAGUGGCUGUCUUCGCGUUUGGCCGCUCACGGAUCGUCGACGGUCCUAUCGAACUCCGCUUCCUUCACCAUGUCGCUCUCGCCAUUCCCCUCUUCUCCCCGCUGGCGCUCGCGCAGGUCGUUCUCGGCCUCUACUCCCUCCAACGGUCUCCCCCCUCUUCUCCUCCUUCUUCUCCGUCUUGUCCGUCUGCCUCGGUUCCUUCUUCUUCGCUGUCAGCCUCGCUGGUGCAGAAGCGGAAGGAGAUUCGGGAGCAGCUGCUCCGGCGAGUCCUGGCAGAGGCGCCGACGCUUCCUGCUCGUCACCUGGCGGGGAUUUUUCUUUGCGCGGCUGCGCUAGCGCCGAAGGAAGCCGACCUGCGGCAACUGAUGGACGCCAUGCUCGUCCGCGUCCCUGCAGAGCGGCCAGCCCAGAGACCGGAACAGGAAACGAAGGGAGCAAGCAAACGCGAAGAAAAGAGAGGAAAAGGAGAAGGCGUCGGGCACCGAUGGGAGGAGCGCGAUGCAGAAGGUCAGACGCAGCGCGUGUCUGCUGUCUCUGCGACGAGUCGUUCUCCGUCGGUGAAUCACGGCGAGGAGCGACGAGAGAGACAUGCGAAGGUGGAGGAAGUCAGCAAACUGUGCAUGCUAUCAGCCGUCGAACUCGUUCGCCUGUUGCAGACCACGGCGGACCUCAGCUUCUUCCCUCGGGCCUUCGUCAAGUGUUUGCUCUUCGCGCUCCGAAAGAAAGCAGACAACCUCGACUCUCUGCAGCUUUUGAGUGCACUCUACGCCCUCGACCAACUCGGCUACGCGCCUCCUCGUCUGCGCUGGCGCCUUGGCUCUUUGGUGAAGGAGAAAAGCGCGAAUUACAGAAUCAACAUGUCCGACCUUCUCGCCGCGGCCCCAGUGCUGGACCGCCUAGGCAUCUUCAAGAGACUCGACUUAAAACUGCAACACGAGAUCUACGACCGGCUAGAUGAAGAGACACGACGACAGGUCACCGAACCUCUGCCUCCCAAUGACCCGAGUGAGGCCUCGACGCUGCAUGUGGCGCCGCGGGCGCGGAACCUCGCUCUGUUGCCGUCCCGAGUCGAGGGGAAAUUCGCCUCGAAGGUCUGUCUGCUUUUUCCGAAGAAGAGAGCGGGGACCCGACAGCUUCCUUCACAGUUUCUCGAGCUCCCGCCGGGACCUGACCCGCGAGACGCCGAGAGAGGAGAGGCUCUCGCGAGCGAGAAGAAGCGAAGGACGGCGCCGCCGUCGCCAGAGGAGGAAGCGCUGCAGAGAGAGGACGAGCCGACAGACUGGGGAUCGCGAGAAGAAAAGCAUGCAGCGGAGAUCUUCAGAGAAGCGAUUCGCAGGCUCUGAGAGAACUCCUCUCCUUUCCACUUCAGCCUUUGUCACUGUUAGAGUCAAUGGCAUUUCCACGCCAGCGUCAGAACCUCGACAGCUGAAGGCGCACCGCUUUCAAAAUCAACAGUCGCCUCCUCUGGGAAGCCGCAGGUGUGCAGAGACCGAGAAGUCACGCCGAAGAAAACUGAAGUAGAAAAAAGAAAAGAAGCGGAGCCAGAGAGAGAGAGGAGAGAGAGAACAGAGAGGAGAGAGAGACGAGAGAGGGGAGACCAGAUGCCGGGAGACGACAAAGCUGGUCGUAUUGGUGGG